GCAUGUGCCUGAGAGAAUUGUCCCAACACUCCUUGAACUCUGUCAGGCUGGUCCUUCGACCACUUUCCUGGGGAGCCUGUUCCAGUGUCCAACACCUUCUAGGGAAAGAAUCUUUUCCUAAUACCUAACCUGAUGUGCCCUGACACAGCAUUAUGCUGUUCCCGCGUGUCCUGUCACUCGUCACCAGAGAGGGCAUCAGUGUCUGUUUCUCCGCAGCCUCUUGUGUAGCCAGCUUUGAGGUCUCCCUUCAGUCCCCUCCAGGCCGAACAGACCAAGUGACCUCAGUCUGUAUGGCUUCCCCCCUAUGGCCUUUCACCAUAUUCUUUGGUCUCCUUUGGAAGCUCUCUAAUAGUUGUCCUUGCCUUCCCGUGAGGGUCCCCGGCUUCCUCGGGAAACGCGGCUCCUGCCCAUGGGCUCUGGCUGGGAACCCUCCGCGUCCCUGUAUGGAGGCAGCGCAGCCCUUCGGCGCUGGCGCGGCGCCCCGCGGGCCCCGCACGGGCCCUACCUUUGAGGGGCCGCCGGAAGGCCUCCCUGCCCACGUCCUGCACGCCCCGGGCCAUGGCCGCACAGCCCGCCCACCGCGCGCCCUCCCGGCGGCAGGAGGCGCUGUGGGGGCGCGGCGCCGGAAGGCGUCGCCGCGCCAGCGCGGCGCGUCCCGGGACCGGCCGCUGAUGGCGGCGCCGCCGACGCCGUGAGCCCGAAGCGCUCCCGCCGCUGCCUGAGGCGCGCCCGCCGCCAUGACCGAGGAGCCGUACGAGAAGUUCUUGGCCCCCGAGGAGCCGUGCCCGCUGGUCUCGCAUCAGCACCCGCCGCGGGGCGGCAGCUUGAGCCUGAGCGAGGAGGGCUGCCUGGACGUCAGCGAUUUCGGCUGCCAGCUCUCGUCCUGCCACCGCACCGACCCGCUGCACCGCUUCCACUCCAACAGGUGGAACUUGACAUCUUGUGGGACAAGCGUGGCCAGCUCAGAGUGCAGCGAGGAGCUAUUCUCAUCGGUGUCAGUGGGGGAUCAGGAUGACUGUUACUCUCUGCUGGAUGACCAGGAGUUCACCUCUUUUGAUCUGUUCCCCGAGGGCAGUGUCUGCAGUGAUGUCUCCUCUUCUGUCAGCACAUACUGGGAUUGGUCAGACAGCGAGUUUGAGUGGCAGUUGCCUGGCAGCGACAUUACAAGUGGGAGCGAUGUGCUUUCUGAUGUUAUACCAAGUAUUCCAAGCUCUCCCUGUCUGCUUCCCAAAAAGAAAAACAAACAUAGGAAUCUUGAUGAACUUCUAUGGAGUGCAAUGACAAAUGAUGAACAGGUUGAAUAUAUUGAAUAUUUGAGUCGCAAAGUCAGUACAGAGAUGGGCCUUCGAGAGCAACUUGAUAUUAUUAAAAUUAUUGAUCCUACUGCUCAGAUCUCACCUACAGAUAGUGAAUUCAUUAUUGAAUUGAACUGUCUCACUGAUGAAAAACUGAAACAGGUGAGAAACUAUAUCAAGGAACACGGACCUCGCCAGCGGUCUGCAAGGGAGAGCUGGAAGAGGAGCAGCUACAGCUGUGCAAGUAUCAGUGGUGUGAGUGGUGCCAGUGCCAGCAGCAGCAGUGCCAGCAUGGUCAGCUCAGCAAGCAGCAGUGGCUCCAGCGUUGCCAACUCCGCUUCAAACUCCAGUGCCAACAUGAGUCGAGCACACAGCGACAGCAAUUUGUCUAUAAGUGCUGCAGAAAGAAUCCGAGAUUCAAAAAAACGUUCCAAGCAACGGAAACUCCAGCAAAAGUCCAUACGGAAGAGACAGCUAAAAGAACAAAGACAAGCUCUUAAGGAAAGACUGAGUGGAUUAUUUCUUAAUGAAGAAGUGCUGUCUUUAAAAGUGACUGAGGAGGACCAUGAAGGAGAUGUGGAUGUUUUAAUGUGACAAGGAUAAAUUUAUCAGUGUUCUUUCUAAGCCUUAAGUGUAUUAUCCUUAUUGUUUAUAUAUAUUUCUUGACCAAAUUUUGAUUAGUAUUCACAGUACAAACCAGAUUAUUUCUCAAGUGUAAUUUUGCUAAGAAAGUCUAAGUAUUGAGUAACUUCUGCUUUUUGAGACUAAUUUUGCAACAAAGAAUUCAGAAACUUGUCUUCUGAAAAGCUGCUGAAUGGAUAUGGUUUUAAGGAAUUAUGAACUUGGCUAACAUACUAACUUGCUUACACGUAAGUCUAGGAGUGCUUUUGGAUGACACACAGCAUGCAUUACUAUGCUUCAGCUUUUUUAUUUUUUUUCCAACUUAGAGUUAGUAUUACACUUGACUUUUUCUGUCUUCCUUUCCCAUUAUUUGGAAGAUUGUUUAGCAUGAGGAAAAAUCUUUUGCUCUAUGGAGCUUUCUUCAGCCUUGCUCUUGAUUUGUACAAAAUCAAACUACUGUUGAUACUUUUCUGAAAGUUGUGAUUUAACUCAAGCUACACAGAAAACAAGAAGCGGGACAUCUAAUGCAGAGAAUCUGUAAUACAAUUGCUGCCUAAUGUAGUUCUUAGGAACCAACUAAAAUUUAGAAAAGCCCCUCAAAAUAAUUGCAGGCUUAGUCUUCAGAAGGUUAUUUUGCUGCUCGGUAUCUUAUGAUUGUUACUAACGGUUCACCAGUACAUCCCUAGUAUUUCUGUGAAAAAAUUCCAAUAAAAACACAUUUAUGCAUUGAAAAUACACUAAUCUGCAAUUAAGUUGUCUAGGACACUACUUAAAAUAGUUAAAAACACUACUGGAAACCAAAGUGCAAACAAGUGGCACAGAACUUCUAUGGUUUUCUUCCCUAGAAGCAUAUCUAAAUAGAUUCAUAUUGUUGACAGGAGAACUUAAUUAAUGCAGCUGUACUUUUUAAAUUGUAUGUUUAGCUGAGGUUGUCUUCUGUGUGGGUCAUUAGACCAUGACAUGUAUCAGAAUUCUCUAUUUGUUGUCUGUCAGCUUUUGAAAUUUCUCAUGAUAAGAAAAUUAGGUAAAAUUGUGGCUUUCAGACAGGGAAGUAGUAGUACUAGUUUCAGCCUUUUUCUUAAUUCUGACAAUCUUUAAGCUGAUUUUAGUCUUUAUCUUGGAACUAUUUUUAUAGAACUCCUUCCCCCCACAGCUGAGAUAAAAAUGAUAGUUCUAAAUUUUAAUGUGAAAUUUAAAAGUUUAUAAAAGUAUUUUUGAGUUUGGAGUUUAGGAAAUAAUUUUUAAUUAUGUUGAUGCUUCAUUACUUUAUUUUGCUCUUGAAUUAUGGAGUUUGACAGUUUAGUGUCGUCACGGGUGUCUGUAAUUGCAGGAUAUAACCCAAUCCUGCAAAAUGCAUGAUCAGCUUUAGGACUACUGAGAUUAAUGUUCCAUGUCCUGCACAGACUUAUUAGCCCUUGUUGUACUUUAGAUUUAUGGGGGUCCCUGGGUAGGGUUCCCCGGGAGCCCCCCGGGUCUAUGUUCGUUGGUAUUUGCAUGCAGGCAAGCAAGGAGACUCUAGACGGCUGGUGAGGUGCUGAUGAGGUGAGGGUUUAUUUGGAGUUUGACCCUGGGAAGGCAGCAUGGUCACUGAGGGAGAGGGGGAAGGGAAGGGGAGAGGGCGAAGGGGAGAGCAGCAGAGCCUCCGGAGGCCUCCAGGGCAAAGAGAGCAAGCCCUCUCUGCUUGCACCCUUAACAGAGAGGUUCAAAGUGGGCACGGUAAGAUUCUUCAGCCAAUAGUUACAGAUACACGAUACUGCAAGGAGGUUACAGACUUGGGAUAAGCCAUACACUUUCCAGGGGUGAGCCAGAGCAUACCAUUUCCAUAAAAUGCAAUUCCACAGAUGAAGUAUUUUUCUUUCAGAAGUGGCAUUCCUUUUAGCCUCAAAAUAAACUGACCAGUAAAUUAUCUGAACAAUGGCCUCUGAAAGGAUUUUGAUAAGAAAUAAAUGAGGUCCGUAGUCAAACAAAUAUGUUUGAACUUAGUGCUGCUCUACAACAGGUCCUCAGGCUUCGCCACUGACUGACUAAAAGCCAGGUAAUGUCAUUUUAAGCUCAUGUUAGCUAUCCCAUAUGGCCAGUUAUUUGUCCAAUAACCACAAGUGUCUGUGACCUGUCAAUAUUUGCUUGUACUGCGCUGUUGCUGGUUGAUGCCUCCGUACUGUAUAAUGAAUACUGAAAACUUCUUAACACUAUAGACUUUACUCAGAAUUUAGAUUGGCCUAAAUCUGGCACUUCUUUUAAAUAUCUUGUAUGAAAGAUAAAAUUUAAUUGCUAUCAAUUUUGCAAAUUUCAGGGUGCGGUUGUUAAACUUUCCCAUGAUAAUGAAAGAAUUUAUUGUGAAAUACUUCACCAUGUGUACACUGUCACAGUUCAGUACAACCUUUAUUUUCUGCAGUGACUUUGAAAUAUGAUUGAAUUUUUUUUCUGAAGAAAAAUGCACACUUGGUACUGUAGAGAAUUGAAACUCUGAAGUGAAUUGUAAGAAAGGUGCAAUAUCUCAGUGUGGUGGAGCAUGAAAGUGUGUCACUUUAUUCUGUUUCAGCAGUUAUUCAGAGUUUAAAAUGCCUCAGGGUUUUGUUGAGAGAAGACCCCAUCAUUUUUAUGAGGUAGAGUUCAUUCUGAUCAUCUGUCUACUAGCUUCCAGAGAUCAUGAAGUGAGGGAGGAUAAUAUUUCCAUCAUCGUGUGAGCAUGUAAGUAUAAAUUAUUCUAAGUGGUUAGAUGGGUCCAGUUGCUCAUGUUACAUUCAACAAAAAGGUCCUGGGUGCCAGAAUAGCUGUUUGUGCUGUGUUGUCUCCAGCAGGUACUUCAGAUGUGUUGUGACAGUUAAAAUGAUAGAAGAGAGCAGAUUUCCAGGGAUUCCAUACUAAUAAUUUAUAGCUCUGUGAUCUCAUAGAUCCAGGAUGCUCAUAAGAAUACAAAGAAUACAAAACUGUCAAUGUUCUGGUAAGAAUGCAGUAUAACAUCUUGCUUACCUUGAAUGUUCUUUGCCAAGUAAUCAGAGAUAUAAUGUCUUUUCCUGAUCUCAGAGAAUCAGGCCUGAAGUGACUGGGAUUCAAGAGUUCUCACAUACUUCUACACAUUUGGGUUUCUUUUCCUUUUGCUUUCUCAUCCUCUGUAGUUCCAGUGACACACUCAUUUUGUGGUGGAGGGAGGUUUUUUUUCAGAUUCAUGUUUUUCCCUGCAGCAUGCUCAAUGCUUACUCAGGAAGACCCCAUCCAUGGUGGUUUUAAAAGACAUGUAAAUGAGACGGUUUAGUGGUGGGCUUGGCAGUGUUAGAUUUAGUGUUGGAGUUGAUGAUCUUAAAAGGACUUUUCCAAUCUAAAUCUAUGAAUUUCUGUGAAAUACCCGUGGUAUUAGUCAAACAGUUGGAAUGUCAGUGAAAUCUGGUCUUGCUGAUUUAAGUUUUGGCCAUUGUGGCCAAAGGUGUAAAUACUGGAUUCUGAUGAAGAGUAACAGACCGCUAAAAUAAUGCAUCUUUAUUGUGGUUUUUUUCUUAAAAAAAUGAAUCAAAUCCCUGCUUUUUAUUAAUAGAGAAAAAAUGUCAGGCUUAAAAGCAACACAGACACACACAGGAAAAAGCUCAUAGUUACAUGGCUUCAUGGUACCGAAACUGUCUGUAGGAACUUUGUACCCACUGCAAUGGGAAUAUAAUCGAUUUACACUCUGUAACAAUAACAGUUUGCUUCCAUGGUAACUUUUUCUCUAAAAAGGCUUAGAAGGAGCACUGAAAGUCCGAUUGCAAUAGGACUGUAAACAAGAGAGAACAUUAUUUUCUAAUAUGAUUUUAAAUAUGACGAAGAAAGCUGCCUGACAGAGUUGGCUGAUUUCUGUGUAUCUAAUGGAAUCUUUUGUUAAAAUACCUAUUUCUUUUUAUCUGGGAAGCUGAUAAAAAGAUGGUUACAAUGUGCUCAGUAUGGGAUGCUUACAUGGAAGAGCAGGAAAAGUCUUUGCAAGACUUUCCUGGGCUCAAAUUUUAGUUCUCAUAUUGUGGUUUGAAAACUGUGAAGAUCAUUCUCUGGGGAGAAAACAAACAAACCAACCUGCUUGAACUUACAUGCAUUUACAUCAGAGUGCAUGUACAAUACAGAAAGAUAAAAAUGGCUGUAUUUACUGUUCAUCUAUGCUGAAUGGCCUGAAGCCAUUUCUUUUCUCCUAACACUCUUUCAACUUUGAAAUCAGUUGAUGCAUUGGUCUAUAAAUAUUAAUAAACCUGACUGUUUUGGGAGCUUUUAAAGUUCAUUCAUAUAAGCCAGAUUUUCAUGGCAAAUGUUAGAUUUACUGGUUUAAUGUUCUUAAGCUUACUAAUCUUGCAAUUUUUGGGCACAGAAAAGUCAACAAUUGUCCAUUUAAGGAUUGCAAAGAUUAGUUUAUUAAUCUAUCAAGGGCAAAUCUAAGUAAUAUUCAAAGUUUGUUUAUUUUGACUGUUAACCCUGAUGAAUCAUAUUUACAUUCUCUCUCAUCUGGCUAACUUUAAAACAUUUCCAAAUGAAAAAUAAAUUCUUCAAUAUAAAAAAAAUGUAAUUGUAAUAUUGAAGCCUUCAAUAUAGUUAAUAACCAAAGCAAGGGGAAGGUGGGAGGGUUGUUGUUUUUUUUCUUUUUUUUUCUUUUUGUGGAGGGGAGAGAUGAGGGUAUAGAUUAGAGUAUAUGGUAUUGCUUAAAUUAAGGGGUUUUUUUUCCCAGGUUCUCUGCUAAUUGUGUUGUUAAAAUGUAUUUUUGUAUAGAAAACUGUUCUCUGUACAUUCUGUAUCUACUUUACACAAUGUUUAUAGAGAUUUUUCUGAAGUUGUGAAGGAUUUACUGAACGCUGUGAUGCUGUUGAAUUCAAGUUUUCAUUGUAUUUGAAAAUAGUUAUGUGCAUAUUGAAGUACAGGUUGGAAUUAAAAUUAAUGAUAUAGCAAAGAUUCUUAUUAAAUGAUGUAGUAUCUUCUUCAGAGCAGGGGGAUUCAUAUACAGGACCUGCAGAGUCACUCUUCAAGCAGAAAAUACAAAUAAAGUGGCACAUCUUAACUGUCCUUGAUGGCGGAAAGCAAACUGCCCCCCCCCCUUAGCUAAAGGUGUUUGUUAACCACAAAAUCUGACAAGAAUUGUUUCAUAGGGAAGCAAUUAAUUGUUGUGAAUUGUAUAACCCAAGAUCCUACUUAAAGCUGUCUGUCCUUUGUUUUGAUUCCUGUGCCAGAGGUAUUUUUUUAUAUAUAUGCUCAGCACCAGCAAGGACAUGGCAGUCUUUGAAUAGGCAAGAGUGAGGGCACUUGCCAGCUUGUAUGUCGUUUCCCUGAACAAAAUUUGCCUUUUGCGAUACUGAAGUUUGAAGUGUAAUAUUGCAAAAACACCUUUUUCCCCUUGGAAUCCAAAAAAAAAACAAAACCCUGAGAAGAGGAUAGCUGGCAUAGGGAUGUAUUCCUCAGCGCGCAGAGAUUCCUGCAGCAUCUCAGGGAUCUAAAACUGCCUUCUUUGUCUUGGUUAUGACUCAUCAAACACUUCUGGGAGUUGAUUCUCAUCAAACACUGACAGAAGUUAAAACUGACCAAGUAUUGCUAUCCCAGUUUCUGUACAUGUCAAGUGAUGAAGAAGGACAGGGUGAAAAAUGCUGUAUAUCACAGCAAGUCUUGUCAAACUGUGAGAGAUCUUUAAUUGUUGUGAACAGAACUGUGGAAGCUCUUGCUCUUGUGGUGCUAUGCCUUCACCUGAGCAGCCUGCUUGUGUUUUUUUCUUUCACCCAAAGGUGAGUGACAGUGUGGAAUGUUUUGCAACAAAAACCAAAUUUCCAGGGACCUUGACCCAUUGGGAUGUUUGCUUAUUGUAAGAGCUGAUGCUUCCUUGGAUAGCACUCAGAAGCUGCAGGGAAGUUGAUGCUUACACUUUCCCAGGAACUUUCCCAGUCUGUCCUGUUGCAGCAGUUCAUGAUCAAGGUGCCAUUUGCACAGGUGAGUCUGAUCUGCUGGCCAACAGCUGCCUGUCACCACGGUUACAUGGGCACAACCAAUGAUGUUAUGAAUCUCUUAUUAGCCGUCCUUAAGUAUUUCUUCAUUUCUCUCUCAAGUGUAGCCAGUUUCACUGCAUUGAUGGCCAAACACUAUUGAGGCACAAGCUGAAUAAAGAUUUCCACACUGGCAAAACCAAUCGGUAAGCUUGCUUUACUUAAUUGACAGAGAAAGGUGUCGUUGGCUAUGGGCUUGCUGUCCUCAGCCCACUCUUACUAUACUGGCCUGAACUGUACACUUCAUGCAAACAUUUUUUAGUACAAAACUAGUUACAGUUUGGUUUCCUGAGAACCUUUGUACGUGUUCCUAAAGAUCCUGUGCUCUACUGGGUAGAAAACAUUUUUUUUUUCACCUCCUAGAACAUUCAUCCAUUGUAAAUUGUUUCUCUAGUGCUGAAAUAAAAUUUAAAUUUAAAUCCAAAUCCACA